AUGCUAAAUAUUAUGCAUAAUUGGCAUCGAGUCAUUCAGGUUUCCGGUUGGCAGAGAAAAAGAAAAGGGAUUAGCUUUGUUUGAGAUCUCGGGUGAUUCAGGAAUAAUACGAGUUAGUUACCUAGGUUUGCCGAUUCGAUCCUCAACUGCUCGUGAUCUGUGAAUAUCAACAAGUCCACGAAGAUUGACACAUUUGUGUACUAUGCUACUACUACUUCAUUCACUAUCGUAGCUGCCUCAGGUGAACCAGGCAGCAGGUUUUGCCCUUCGGUUCCGCCUCGUGUAACCAGCUGACAAUGACAAGGCAUACUCAGUAGUUCGUGGCUUCUUUAUAAGAUGGGGCCUGAUUCUCACUUCCUCACUAGCUGAUGUUGCUCUCUCUUUAUUCCAAGAUAGUUAAUCACAUCCAGGACAACAGAUCGGAUCGAAAUGGCAAAAUCACAGAAUAUUCCAGAGAUCAUCCUUCUUUGCAUGGAGAAGAAGUUUAUCACGGCAUUCAACGAAGCUCUCCCGAUGCAAUGGCCAUCCUUCGCAGAAAACCCGAAGAUCAAGAUUAACGUGCUGAACAUGGGACUCCAUGCGGUCCCUACCACGACCAAGUUCCAAUUAGUUGUCUCACCUGCCAACUCGUACGGCCGCCUAGAUGGUGCCUUUGAUGAUGCGAUCUCACGGAACUUCUGUCGUCCAUAUCAUCCUUAUGACAUGCUCACACACGCAGCGCAGCAAGUGCUCUACGAAAAAUGGAGAGGCUUUGCGCCCCCAGGAUCUUGCACGCUGGUCCCGUUCCCUAAAGAUAUGGCAGGCACAAAUGCGUGGGGCUGUAAAUGGGUAGCGAUUUGUCCGACCAUGAGAGCUCCAGAUAUUGUUACGUGGGACCGAGAAGUAGUGUACGAGUGUGUGUGGAGUUUGUUAUGUCAAGUGGAAGGCUGGAACCAUGACCGAUCCAAGGACAGAAUUGAUACUAUACUGAUAACACCACUGGCAACAGGAGUUGGACGUGUAAGUCCUGAGAGAUGGGCAUCACAGUUUAUCCUAGCAAUGAAGCAUUUCGUGGAUGCGUUGGAACGGCCGGAGAGGUGGAGUCGCAUGGAAUGGGGGGAAAUUGACAAGGAUGUGAUGGAGGUCGAAAAAACAUGGAAAGAAUAACUUUGGUGCAUUGUUGUUAUCACAGUUCAAGGUCUCAGUUUACUUGAGACUGUCAAUCUAUGUGUUUACCUGCAUACAU